AUGUCCGAUCCAGACGAAUACUUGAUAUCACGUUUUACCCUAUCAGAAGCUUACCUGUACCAAGGUCCUCAAUUAACGGUCUCUUUCAUCUUUGUAAGUAUUAAUUUGUUUUCAAAAUCACACAAAGAGUGCUAUACAAUUCACAAUAUCGUGUUUGCACGAGGUGAAGAAGUGUUGGUACCAUUCUACGACGAUGGAACUGAGAUGUAA